AGCAGAGGCGCGGAGCGGUGCUGGGAAGGAGACGGGGGUGGGCAGAGCGGCCCCCGCGCCCCGCGAUAGGGAUUUCUGUUUGUGUUGGGUUCGUUUCCCACUUUUUUUUUUUCUUCCCCCCCCGUUUUGUAUUUUUUUAAACUUUGUUUUUUAAUUUAUUUUUUAUUUGCGUUUUUUUUUUUUUUUUGGUAACUCCCGUUUUAUUUGCAUUCUACUCCCACUUUUAUUUGCGUUUUUUUCUCUGCAUUUGACAUUCUUUUGGCGUCUAACUCGCGCUUUCUGCACCCUUAUUGCAUUUUUUUAAUCUCAUUUUCAAUCUUUUUGCUUUCUACUCGCAUUUUCCUUUGCGUCUUACCCGCUUUUUUUUUCGCUUUUUUUUUCUUGCACCUUACUCGCAUUUUUAUUUCCGUCUCGCAGGUACUUUUUUUUUUCUUUUUAAGUUGUUAUUGUUUUUCCUUUUUCCAUCUUAAUUCACCUCUCCGCUCCCCUUCCCCAACCCCUCCCGGCGCUGCCGCGCUCCCCAUCCCCGCCGCCGUGGCCCCUCGGCGAUGAACGGCGGUGCCCCGCCGCCGCCCCCCGCCGCCGCCUCACGCUGCCGCCGCCGCCCCGCCUCUCCGGAGCUGCUGCGCUGCAAGCGCCGCUUGGCCUUCGCCUCCCUCUCGGGCGGCGGCACCGCGGCGGCGGCCGUGGCCCGGCGCAACGAACGGGAGCGCAACCGCGUGCGGUUGGUCAACCUGGGCUUCGCCGCUCUACGGCAGCACGUCCCCCACGGGACCGCCAGCAAGAAGCUGAGCAAGGUGGAGACGCUGCGCUCCGCCGUCGAGUACAUCCGAGCCCUCCAGAGGCUCCUCGACGAACACGACGCCGCCGCCGCGUUCCCCGACGGCCGAGCGGGCCGCUCCGCGGGGCGGGCGGCCGUCGGGGAAAGCGGAGGCGGUAGCGGCUAUUCCUCCGCCUCGCCCUGUUCCUCCGAGGAGAGCGGCUACGAGCCGGUGCUCAGCCCCGAGGAGCAGGAACUGCUGGAUUUCACCAGCUGGCUUGGGAGCUACUGAGCUGGCGGGAGCUGUACCUCGAUUCCUAUGGUCUUCCACAGCAGCCAGCAGUAACCUCCAAAAUAAAUCUCCCCCAGAGAUUCUCAAGAUCCUCCUGGCUGCUUUCCUUGCUGGGCUCCAAGCUCACUCACCCAGCUGAAGUGCAAUGGUGUAACAGCUCUGAUGUCUGCUGCAGGGCUGCUGAUGGACAAGGUUUUCACCCGCUCCAGAGAAUGGCCGUGCAUCCCCUCGCAGCUACUUCGCAUCGGCCUUUGGAUAGGGUGGAAAAAAAGAAAUGGAAACCACUUGAUGCUUCCUUGUUUCUGCAGGGGGAGGGAAUUUUUUUUAUAAUGUCAGAUUCUAUUUUGUAUGCAACUUGAACUGCCUAUGGGAACAGUGGUGUAUGAAGACUUAUUUUUGUACGAGAAACCUUAGGGAAAAGGGUUAAGGAGGUAGCUCUAUUUUCAGUCCAAUUCCCUUGUUCUUGAACACUGCCAGCUGGAAUGUUUGGGGAAUAUACACCGUUUAGAUGAAAGGGUUUGUUUGUUUUUCUUUCUCCAAACACUUUACUAAAGGACUGCAACCUUUUGUUGCGUCUCACUGUGGUGUCUGACUCUGCCUGGUGUGAAGGUUCACUUCUCUGAAAACUGAAGUUGUUUUGUUGUUUUUGUUUUGUUUUUUUUUGUUUUUUUUUAAAUGUAUUGAAGGCAUUUUUGUAUGCACUUGCUAGGAUUUCUUAAGUCAUACAUACGCAGUUUUUAAAAAGAGUAUCAUAUUUUAUGUAAAUUGACUUUAUAAAUAAAAUUCUAUUUAUAAAUGGUU